AAACUCUUCGUCCGCCUACCAAAUAUAUACAUUCUUAUCAACCGACCAACCACUAAUUCUACUCAUUAUACUUAUUUGCUCCAUUUGUUAGAUACUUCAUAUUUUUUUUGGCAAAUAAAGAUCUGUCAGAUAUUUUUCUUCUACUAUUUUAUUUUAGGAAGUUCCACAUGUAUUAUAUAGUACUUACAUGCUUAAUGAAAAUGCUUAAUCCAUGUGAAGUAGAUCUCAAGUAGGUUCAUGUUAUCAUAAUAUGCAACACUUCCAUGUUACUACGUAUUUUGUUUGAUACUACAUGAGUAAUGUUAUUAUGAAAUGGAUGCUAUUUUACUUAGGAUAAGAAUUGUCUUUUUAUUUUGGAAAAUUUGGCAAAUACAAUCUAAUAAAGUUUCAUAUUUGUCAAUUACAAUCUCAAACUUCUAAUUUUUUCAAUUACAAUCUUUAACGUCAUUUUCCGUCAAAAAUCACUGGAAGAUGAUGUUAUAAUGUUAUUAAAAAAAACAAUUACGUAAUUUCUAUAAAAAAAUUAAAUCGAAAAAUAUGAAUUUAAACAACAAAAUAAAUCGAAAAAGAAGAAUUAAUUUUUUUUAUAGAUAUUAUGUAAUUUUUUAAUAACAUUAUGACAUCAUCUCCCGAUGAUUUUUAUCGGAAAAUAACUUCAUAUUGUAAUUUAAAAUGGAAUACUGUAUAAGUUUAAGGUUGUAAUUGACAAACUAGAAAUUUGAAGUUGUAAUUGACAAUAUAAAAUUUUAUUAGGUUGGAGUAUUUGCUAAAUUUGUCUCUUAUUUUACCAUGACACAAGUAAAAAAAUCCGAACAAGACAAAUCAUUUUGAAACAGAAGAAAUAAUCUGCCUAAAGGAUGAGUUUCCAAAUUUUGUCAUGUACCUCCGAAAAGAUCCCGGGCGGAUUGGCUUUCCGGUUUACACAAAACGCACAAUCACUAAUGAAAGUCCCAAUCCUCUUUUAAUGGUAGCCUCUUCUAUUCUUCUGCUAUCUUCAAACCGCCAAUUUACUUAUCCAAGUUCCACUCAAUCUCCCAUGAAAGUCUAGCCCUUUAUCUUCUCUUCCAUUUCUGUAAAAAAAGCUUCAAUCUUUAAUGUUUUGGCAACAAUGGAGGGCACCAUAUUCCCAAAUAGGCCAACAUUACCAAUUCAACAAGCAAAACCAAUACCAAUACCAAUACCAAUUCCAAUUUCCCCACCACAACAACAACAACAACAACAACAACCAAACAUGGCAUUAAAAUUCAGCUCUACAACAUUGCCUCUUCCUCCUCAACAACCCCAAAACCCUCCUUCACUUGCAAUUGACUCUCUUCUUCAACACCUUCUUCACCUUUCUUCAACUCCAACCAAUACCCAUUUCCCUAAACUCAUCAAAUCAUCCAAUUCUAAAGCUACCCUUUUGCCUUCUCUACCCCUUUCCUCACUUGAACCAUUCAAUCAUCAUAGUUUCAAUGGCCACGCCUCGGUUUGCGCCACCCGGCUCGCCGUCGCGGCAGUUGAAGAGGAGGAGGAUGAUAAGGGUGUUGCCGCGCUUGAUUUCUUAUCUGAUAAGAGUAAGUUGCUGUUGAAUUCUAUGUUGGGAAUACCCUUGUAUAGUUUAACUGAGUUUUUUGAUUCUGUGAAAUUUGAUUUGGUAGAAGCUGAUUUGAUCAGUUUAUUGAAAGGUUUAGAUGUUUUGGGGAAUUGGGAAAAAGCUGUUUUGUUGUUUGAAUGGGGUUUGAAGAAUGUUAGGGCAAAAGAUGAGAGGAUGAAUUAUCAGGUUGUUGAGUUAAUGGCUAGGAUUUUAGGUAGGGAAUCACAGCACACUGUUGCUGUUAAGCUGUUUGAUGUGAUUCCUCUUGAGGAGUAUAUUCUAGAUGUUCGAGCUUAUACCUCAAUUCUUCAUGCUUAUGCUAGAACAGGCAAGUACACAAAGGCGGUUUCGAUUUUCGAGAAUAUGAAGGAGAAGGGUCUUGUUCCAACUUUGGUUACUUACAAUGUAAUGCUAGAUGUUUAUGGGAAGAUGGGUAGGUCUUGGGAUAAAAUUUUGUUCCUUCUAGAUGAGAUUAAAAGCCGAGGAUUUAAAUUCGAUGAGUUUACUUGUAGUACUGUGAUUGCUGCUUGUGGUAGGGAAGGGUUGUUGGAUGAAGCAAGGGAUUUCUUUGCUCAAUUGAAAUCACAGGGUUAUAAACCGGGAACUGUUACUUAUAACUCUUUGCUUCAAGUGUUUGGGAAAGCCGGAAUUUGCUCUGAGGCUUUGAGUAUCUUGAAAGAAAUGGAGGAUAAUGACUGUCCUCCUGAUUCUGUAACUUAUAACGAGCUAGUUGGUACUUAUGUUAGGGCUGGGUUUCUUGAAGAAGGAGUUGCUGUGAUAGAUACAAUGACGCGUAAAGGGAUAAUGCCUAAUGCAGUUACUUAUACUACUGUAGUUGAUGCAUAUGGGAAAGCUGGAAAGGUUGAUGAGGCUUUGGCUUUGUUCAACCAGAUGAAGGUUUCUGGUUGUGUUCCUAAUGUUUGUACAUACAAUGCUAUCCUCGGGAUGCUAGGGAAAAAGUCAAGAUCAGAAGAGAUGAUAGAUAUAUUGUUUGACAUGAAAGUAAACGGGUGCCCCCCAAAUCGAAUCACAUGGAACACGAUGCUUGCUAUGUGUGGUGGUACUGGUAAAGAGAAGUUUGUGAACCGGGUUUUCCAGGAGAUGAAACGUAGUGGUUUUGAGCCUGAUCGAGACACGUUCAACACUUUGAUUAGUGCGUAUGGUCGGUGUGGUUCACGAAUUGAUGCUACUAAGAUAUUUGAGGAGAUGAUGGAAGCUGGAUUUAGCCCUUGUGUGACAACUUAUAAUGCUUUUUUAAAUGUGUUGGCUAGAAAGGGCGAUUGGAAAGCAGCAGAAUUAAUAUUUCGUGAUAUGAGGAACAAGGGAUUUAAGCCAAAUGAUACCUCUUAUUCCUCAAUGAUUCAAUGUUAUGCAAAGGGAGGGAAUGUAAGAGGGAUACAAAGAAUUGAAAGGGAGAUAUAUGAAGGGCAAAUCUAUCCAAGCUGGAUGCUUUUAAGAACCCUUAUCCUUGCGAAUUUUAAAUGUAGAUCAUUAUCGGGUAUGGAGAGGGCAUUCAAAGAGUUGCAGAAAAGUGGGUAUAAACCUGAUUUGGUUGUGUACAACUCAAUGCUAUCAAUUUUUGCUAGGAAUAAAAUGUAUGAUGAUGCUCAAGAAAUCAUGCAAUUGAUUCAAGAGAAUGGAUUGCACCCAGAUUUAAUCACUUACAAUAGCUUGAUGGAUAUGUAUGCAAGAGCAGGGGAAUGUUGGAAGGCAGAUGAGGUACUACGAAACCUGCUGAAAAGCGGUGGAAAACCAGAUCUGGUGUCUUAUAACACGGUUAUCAAAGCGUUUUGCAGGCAAGGGCUGAUGCAGGAAGCGAUUCAGAUUAUGUCAGAGAUGACAACGAGAGGAAUACGGCCGUGUAUAGUGACUUACAACACUUUCGUGGCUGGUUAUGCAGGGCGAGGGAUGUUUUCAGAGGUUGAUGAAGUAAUAAGUUACAUGAUUCAACAUGGGUGUUUACCUAAUGAGUUGACUUACAAGAUUGUAGUAGACUGUUAUUGUAAAGCAAAUAAAUACAGAGAAGCUUUUGACUUUGUUUUGAGAAUCAAGGAGAAGGACAACUCUUUUGAUGAUCAGUCUUUAGACCGGCUCUCAUCUCGUAUUAGGCAGGAUGGGCAGUUGUGAGUGACUUCCUCAUGUAUUUUUGUAUAAUAGGCUCAGUUUUGCUUUCUUUUUGUUUAACCACUGUAAUUCAGAUAUGUCACAUUUAUGAUGAGAAAUUCUUUUAUAAGAA